CGAGUGAGCUGAUUGGAUAGUUAUUUUGAUAUCGGCCAAUUAAAAUGAAUGUAAAUAACUAUCUCAGGACGUAAUUUUGCCGACAGAAAAGUUUUAUUAAAUUGAAAUUUUAGGUUAGCUAGAACGAAGACAAACAUUUUAAACAUAAUCGUUACAUGCAGCGAUGUCCCUGUCAGGUAGGGAAUGGGAUGAUUUGAAGUCUUUACUAGACAAGGCGGUGAAUAAAUUUCUAGGAUUCAGUGAACCCUCACUAGUGACUGCCGCCCUCAACUGUAUAGACAAAGGUUACGAUGAAAGGAAGACUUCAGAUAAGUUACAGACAAUCUUGGACGAGAAGCAAGCCCCACUAUUUGCUGAGAAGUUGUUUGACGUCUGGGAUCAAUACAGGGCAACAAGUAAAUCACAUCGGAGUAAACGUAGAAAGUUUCAGGAUGAUAGGGACGAUGCCGAGGAUGGAAGAAAGAAAGCAAAGUUUGAGGAAAUUCCGGUUACGCCUGAGGGGCCAAGCCCGGGACAACUUACAGAAGAAAAGAUUAAAGAGAUGAUGCAGGCAGCACAGAAAGUAAUUCAGGAGAGAAAAGCACAAAUGUCAGCACAGUUGCCUUCCGGUCCACCGCCACCCUCGACAAAUUCGCAGGCCCAAAAGUUCAUGAAUGAUGCCAAAGAAAAGGCAAAAAGAGCAAAUGAGUUACAGGCACAGAUUCAGGCACGAAUGGCCAGUCUAACUGGACUACCAGCACCUAUGAAGGGAAUGCCGCCCGUCAAAUCAUUAGGCGAGAAAGCUGUCGAAGCUCAAACAAAAUCGACUCCAUCUUCAAAUCCGACACCACUGAUUUUGGACAGCGAGGGGCGAACCAUUGAUGCAAAGACUGGGCAAGCCAUUACCCUGACCCAUCAUGCGCCUACAUUAAAGGCAAACAUUCGAGCUAAAAGACGAGAACAGUUUAAAGGUUUAAUAGACGCACCACCGGAAGAGAUCAGCGCGUCCAAAUAUUUUGAUCCUCGUGUUAGUUUAAUGGGUGCGCAGAGGCAAAAAAGAGGCUUCCGUUUCCAUGAAAGAGGAAAGUUCGAACAACUAGCACAGAGAUUGAGGACAAAGGCACAACUAGACAGAUUACAGAGUGAGAUUAGCCAUGCUGCCAAGAAAACUGGGAUUGCGUCUGCUGCGAAACUCGCAACCAUAGCACCGAAGAAGGAACUGGUUGAAGGAGAAAUUCCAGACAUAGAAUGGUGGGAUGCCUAUAUUUUGAGACAAAUUGACUCGUAUGAUGCUCUUUCGGAGAAUGAGGAUUUGAAAGCCCGAUUGGAGGGUGUAACUCAUCUUGUGGAGCAUCCAAUUCAAAUGAAACCUCCAGCCGAGCCAGAUAAGCCCCCGGCUGUUCCUGUGUAUCUGACUGCUGCAGAACGAAAAAAAUUACGGCGACAAAACAGGACAGAGGCUCAGAAAGAACUUCAGGAGAAAAUACGACUUGGUUUAGCCCCGCCUAUGGAACCCAAAGUGAGAAUGGCCAACCUGAUGCGGGUGCUUGGUUCAGAGGCCGUUCAGGAUCCUACUAAGGUUGAAGCCCAUGUUCGAGCACAGAUGGCCAAAAGACAAAAAGCUCAUGAAGAGGCAAAUGCAGCCAGAAAAUUAACGAAAGAACAGAGGAGAGAAAAGAAGAUAUCAAAAAUAAAGGAGGACACUUCAUUAGGUGUCCACAUAGCAGUUUAUAGGGUGAAAGAUCUCAGUAAUCCAUCAAAGAAAUUCAAAGUAGAAACGAACGCAAAGCAGCUCUUCAUGACAGGGAUUGUUGUGCUGUUUAAAGAUUGUAACAUUGUUGUGGUAGAGGGAGGACCUAAACAACAGAGGAAGUUCAAGCGACUUAUGAUGCAUAGAAUAAAAUGGGAGGAAGACAAACAGAGAAAGAAGAAAGAUGAUGACGGUGAUGCUGAAGAUGCCGAUGUUAGAAAUAAAUGUGUUCUAGUGUGGGAGGGUACCGCAAAGAACCGAGCAUUUGGCGAGAUGAAGUUUAAAGUGUGUCCAACAGAGGCGUUUGCCAGAGAACAAUUUAGAAAACAUAAUGUUGAAUCAUACUGGGAUCUAUCAUUCAGCGGUGCUGUUUUAGAAACGGCAGGAGAGGAAGUUUAAGUCCAGCGCGGGACGUGACAGUCGGACAGGAGAAGCCGAGAGGGCUGUGUAGAUGGACUUGGGGGUGGGGGUAGUAGGGGGAUGGGAAGUGUUAAGAAAAUGCUUGUAAUAUUUAAAAAAAGAUCAAAGUUUUUUGGUUGAUGAUGGAAUAUAAUUUUUGAAAUAAAAUAAAGGUGGAAGUUUUAAAGAGAAGACAGAAUUUCAGAAGUAAAGAAUUCUAUUUUUUUGGCAAUAGAUCU